GAAGAAGAAGAAGUAGAGGAGGAAGAGGAGGAAGAAGUCUCCUCAAAUCCUGCCAAAAGCCUGAAACACAUUGCCAGUCAGUGGUAACUGUCAAAGGGACGACACAAUGGAGUUUCUUUUGCACAGUAACAUAAAGAAGGAGCUUUUCCGUGCGCUCUGUGCCGCUCUCCUCCUCCUCCUCACCACAGCGUCUGCAGAGGAAGGCGCUAAUGUGAAAAACUCCCAGUGUCACAACUACGCGGGAGGACACGUCUAUCCCGGGGAGGCUUUCCGCGUGCCCGUGUCUGACCAUUCCCUGCACCUCAGCAAAGCCAAGAUUUCAAAGCCUGCACCACACUGGGAAGGAACAGCCGUCAUUAAUGGAGAAUUCAAGGAGAUGAAGCUGUCGGACUACAAAGGCAAAUAUCUUGUCUUCUUCUUCUAUCCUCUGGACUUCACAUUUGUGUGCCCCACUGAGAUCAUUGCAUUCAGCGAUCGUGUGCAUGAGUUUCAAGCCAUCAAUACAGAGGUGGUCGCCUGCUCUGUCGACUCCCAGUUUACCCACCUGGCCUGGAUCAAUACACCCAGGAAGCAGGGUGGACUUGGACAAAUGAAAAUCCCUCUGUUGUCUGACCUCACUCACCAAAUUUCAAAAGACUAUGGAGUCUACCUUGAGGACCAGGGACACACACUGAGGGGGCUCUUCAUCAUCGAUAACAAAGGCAUCCUGAGGCAGAUCACCAUGAACGAUCUUCCAGUUGGAAGAUCUGUGGAUGAGACUCUGCGGCUGGUGCAGGCCUUCCAGUACACUGACAAACACGGAGAAGUGUGUCCAGCUGGAUGGAAGCCAGGCAGUGACACAAUCAUUCCCGACCCUUCAGGAAAGCUGAAGUAUUUUGAUAAACUGAACUGAUGUGCGUUCCCAUCUUCCCAGUCUGUGACAUUGAGCACUUACUAAAAGUCCAAAUAAAAUGUGUUUCUAUAAAAAAAA